UCCUAAAGCUUUUCAAGGUCAUAAUUGGAUAAAGCGGAUUAGUUGAAAAAUAUAUAUAUAUCCGUGUGUUGAUGUUGGAAAACAUUGGAAGCGAGGUUGAACUUACAACUCUACAAUUGUCAAACGCAAAACUGAUUGGAAAAAUUAAUGAAAGCAUCCUUCUCGUUCUGUGUCGGGACGAAAGAAAUAGUUCGGAAAAUGAAGAGACACGUAAAAAUGCUCUCAUCGUUGCGAUUGAUCAACACGCUGCCCACGAAAGGGUACUGCUAGAAAAAUCUCUUUCGGCGUUUGAAAGGCUCAGUAGCAAACCAACAGAUUUUUGCGGCCGACGGUUCUUUUCUUCUGUACCUGUUAACCUAGAAGUCCCGACUAUAUUGGGAAAAUUGAUGAAUGGUUUAUCUCCAGAUGUUCGUGAAAAGCUAUUCAAGAUUUUAAAGUCACUUGGAUUCAAGUUUUGUAUUGGGACAUACAAACAAAAUGUGAUAACAAUAUCAAGGUUGCCUAACGUCUUAUUUCUGAAUGGAAAUUUGAUAUCUGGUUCUGAAACAGCAGUCAUGCAAUUACUCAAAGACGUAACAUUAAUGCCCAAAUUAGAAAAAAAACUAAUCUACUCCUCUUUUAAAGAAAUGUGCUACCCGUAUAUGCAAUUAAGAGCGUGCCGCUCGGCGAUUCAAUUUGGCGAUAUUCUGAAUAAACAAGAAGUGUUGGAGCUUCUUCGGAGUCUGUCACACUGCCGUCUGCCAUUCAAAUGCGCCCAUGGCAGACCCACGUGCGUCCCGAUAGCUGAACUUUCCAUUUGACAUGUAAAUGAAUAAAAUAUUGCAAGGAAAUCAA